AUGAGCAAUGAAGGACGUCCUGAUCAAAUUCGCGAUGAGGACGCCGAAGAACAGGUAGCUGGCGAAGAAAAGCCAGAAAACUCUUCUGAGCUUCAAUCCUCCAACUUGGCUCCAAACCUUGAUAUGAACAGAGUUGAGAAUUCGCCCGGACCCUUAACUCCACAUGUUCUGAUUCAAUGGUUGCCGAAAGAGCUUGUUUUCACUAGCUUUGACGCCUUCGACAGUAAUCUAUAUCUAGGAACCGACCAAGGAGACCUGCUGCAUUAUUUUGAGAUGGAACCCGGGAAUUACAUGUUAGUGUCGCAAACUAAAGUAGAUGGUGAAAAAAACGACACUGUGGAAAGUAUUAAAGCUCUCUCUCUUAUUGAAAUUGCUAUAGUUCAAUGCCCUGGAACAUUGCAUUUCUUUCUGCUGCCUGAAUUUGCCCCUGUUCCCAACAUGGAGAGUGUACGAGGUGUAAGCGAUUUUGAAAUCUUGAGGUACUCUUCAACUACAAACUCUUACAAAGUCCGAUUAUUCAGUUCAGAAGGCGUCAGAAAUGCUAGCAUAUCAAGUAAAAAAGUGUCUGUGUCUGACUUUGUCUAUUCGGGGCCGGUAAAAAGAGCCAGAACGCAUCAUAAAUCCAUGAUGGCAUCUGAUGGUACUAAUUACCAGCUCAUAGACUUAAAAACGGGGAGUGAGUUGCCGCUUUUUCACGUAAGCGAGACAACUGCGAAUUUGAAACCGGUAAUUGCAUCGUAUAGAGAAGGCGAGUUUCUUUUGGCUUGCGGAAGCUCGGCAGAUGAAGGUGCUAUGGGGCUGGUUGUGAAUUGCCAGGGAGAUAUAACACAAGGAACAGUUGCAUUCGAAAAAUUCCCGCUGGACAUAGUAGUAGACUUACCUUUUAUUAUUGUUAACAAUGGCACAUAUGGAAUUCCCAUAUAUCGAAUUGAACACAAUAGUGAACCGAAAAUGGAGCAGAGAUUUUGGAGUAGCGAGGGUGCUAUGCUCCGUUUAGUUAAAUGCAGCCGUUCUUUUCCCAUCAAAAAUUCUGCGCAGCAAUCUCAAAUACUUGAGAUGCUUAGACUUGUACCUCUAUCAUCAGGUAACCAUCAGUUCAGAAUUGACCAGGAGCGCAAUUUUAUCCUCAGCGAGUAUGAGGAAGUGACGUCCUUGGUAUUAUUUUCAGCCGCAGGAAUCUACCUAUUAAGCAAGCAAUCAGCCAUUUUACAGUUUCCGGACUAUAGUGAAACGACAAUGGAAAAUAUUGGCGCGUUUCUGGAAGCUAUUCAGGAAUCUGGUCAUUUCAGCAAGUUUCAGAGGCUUGAAGUCGAAUUUCUUCAAAUUUUGCAUCUUCUUCUUAGGACCUUACAUUCUCCUGUGAUUGAUGAUAACGUUGUCUCUCAAUGGUGUACCCAUUCUUCUGAAGUUGACGUUCGUAUCUUCCUGCACUUGUGCGAUAUCAAGAUCUUCGGCGAUCCUUGGAUUCCUAACGGUCUUGCAGGAUUUAUAGCCGAGACUAGACUGCUGAAGCUGAAAAACAAUUUUACAAAUUAUUUAGAGCUCAUGGGUCGCUUUCGGUCUAAGCUCCGAGACCAAAAUUUUGACGGUCUAAAAGAUAGAGACAAUAUAUUUCGAAGUAUUGAUGUUGCUGUUGUUCAAUAUUGUGUGGAAAGUGAUGCGCGUGUGGAUAUAGGUGGAUGCGAACAAUCCAGCUAUUCAGAUAUGCUCCUGGCACUCAGGACCAAGGAAAAGAGAUAUGAGUCAGUUAUCUAUGAUAUUUGCUACCGCUUAGAAGAUUAUAUCGAAUGUCUCAAAAUUCUUAGGGAGCAAGGUUCCUAUCUCAAGAUGAGUAAAUUCAUAUUAGAUAACUUAAGCAGGCUAGAACACUGUGAUGGUUACAAAGAAGAAGACCUAUUGGCGGAUAUCAUAUUUUUGACAGAAAUGUCCUCGUCAUCAGCGAAGUGGGACGAGGUGAAAGAAGACAUUAAGAAGAUUUUAAAGGAGACUGGGCUUGAUGUCAAGGAUCUAGUUGCAGUGAGUGAGAGUAGCGCCACAAAGGUUAAUCUUCUUGAGCACUUAGGGACUAGUGAUAUCGAUGACAAGCAAUUCAUGAUAGAGAAUUAUCUCUCAAGUAUAAAAAACCUUAUGGAGGUUGAAAACCUUUGGGAUUUUUUUGCUCAAAUUUCCAGCACGUAUACACAAGACCUCGACUACUUGAAGCCAUCUCUGAAAACAUACCUGGAGAUAAAAAUAAAAGAAAAUCCUAACUGCAACAAUUUGCAAGCAGUUUGUGAGAAGCUAAGAACCUUGGUGUAUGAAGGGGAGAAUGAACUGGUUUUUGCAGCCGUACUGAAAAAAAUUGAGACAUUCGAUAUAGCACAAUUACUGUCAUUGUAUCUUGUCAGAGACGUCGAUAAGCUCACGGUGUUUGGAGAUAAUGUGCUAGAAAGGUCAAUGGAUUUCAAUGACUUCGAAACUAUCAAUGAAAUCGUGAAUGAGAAGGAAGUAGCUCGAAUUUUGAAGUAUUACUUGGGGCUAAAGUCAAAAAGGGAUUCCCUUAAAUUGUCUGAAGCUCUUUUGACAAAACACUUGAGCACAAUAAAGUCAAAUGAGCAACUGCUCGAAAUUAUGGACUUAAUUCCAUCUGAUUACGAGAUAGUCACCAUAAUCCAUGCGUUAACUCCUUUGCUGGCAAGAUUUGACAAUAUUUGUGCGCAGCAAGACUUGCACAAGGCUCUUCUGAAGCAAGAGAUUCGCAAAAUUACGAGGGUGCUCGAAGGAGUAGGUAUACAGGACAAUUUACAGGAAUGA